AUGCACCUCCUCAUCUCCCUCUUCCUCGCCCUCGCCCCACUCCCUCUCCACAUCCCCUUCACCUACGCCACAACCCUAACCCUCCAACUCGGCGGGCAAACCACAUCCCUCUCCAGUGGCAUCUCAACCCAUGAUUUCAACCAGACCUCACUGGGACUUUCCGACGCCGGCGCCGCUACAUAUCCCAUCACGACAUGCGGCUGUACGUCUUUGGAGGAUAAACAGAGCAUGUGUGCGCACAUUGUGUAUGACGGGGCUCCAGUGCAGUUUUAUUCGAGUACGGAUUGUUCAGGGCCGAUGAAUUGGGAAUUUGAUGGGACUAGUUUGGAGGGUGGAGUGGGUGAAGCUUGGACGUGUGGUUUUGGGACUUGGAGUAGUGGGAGUCUGGGGGUGGGGUGUCCAUAG